UUGUGAUUGUGAUCUAAGUAAAAUCAAGAAUCUGACUAGAAUUUAAUUUAUAUUUACACAUCUGGUAAUAAUGUCUUACUUAAAAUGUUAUUCUUAUUGCGAUCUACCUUUCUCUUCCGAAACUCCUGAACGUGACUUUUACAUAUACUCGGAUAUAAAAGAUUUGACUGUCAUCAGUGAAACAUGUAAAGAAAAUGUUUUAAAAUGCAGAACAGUUGCGGUUUUACAGAGUGUUCAUGGAAAGUUCUUCUUGACAGAUCUAGACACUCCAACUAUGACCCUCGAUGAGCUCCACAUUAGGGUGUCUAUGGUGCACAUGAAGAAUCCUCCGCAGUCUACUGUAGUGCCAUAUCCAGUACAGAUUUUUGGCACACUGCAAUGGAAGAACAGACCAGUCAUAUUUGCUACUAUUAUACAGAUGCUGAGUGCAGCGAAUGCUUUAAGGCUCCGGAAUGCUUUGUGUGGAGUGACUAGCGUCCAUUUGGCUAACAACACAAGAAGUAAUGAAACUGACCUUCGGAACGAUAACAGUGAUGUUAAAACUUAAAAUUGAAAAAAUAUACGUCACUUUUUAUCCUUAUUGAACUAAUAAAGCAAUCGCUAAAAUAAUAAUAUAAAUAAUAAUAACUAACAUUGAAAAGAAUGCAUAUUUAUUUCAUCUUAAAUAAAUACAUUAUACAAUUAACAAUAGGCGAUAAAAUUUACAACAUUCCUCCACCGUACACACCCAUGUGCUGAAUAUUACUGGCGAAUACAAAUUGUUUAUAACAAAGAUACUUUGACCCCACUUUAAUUCCGAAGUUGCGCUUAAACAAAGACAGAUGCAUCAUAUAGGUAUCUCUUAAUUGGGUAAGGAGGUUGUUACACAAUUAAUCAAUAAUGGCUUAACCGAUUUGGAGGAUUUCUACAGUCUAAUUCAGAUUCACAUGUUUAAUUCAUAAAUAAAUGAAACCAAGGGCAUGAGAGAGUAUCAAGUAAUAUAUAAUCAUAAAAGAAUAUUUCUUUGAACAUUUUAAUUAUCCAUAUUCAUAAAAUUGUCUACUAGUCCAAUGUAAAUAACUACAAAAGUCGUAUGUACUGCUUCAAUAUUUA